AUGAUGAUUUUGCUCCAUUGUUUGAUAACAUCUGGAGUAGCUGCUUUGAAUAAUUGUCCAACAGCACCUAUUCGAUCUGUUAUUCAGCGAGCUGCUGAAACCACCUCAGACGCGGUAACUCAAAUGCAAAUGAUUCGAAGGAUCCUCGAGGAUAUCUAUGGAGGAACCUGGGGUGUUUUAAUCAUUCGAAAUCCAACAAUUGUAUCCAAAGAUGUUCAUUGGACGUUUCCCGACCAUAGCAACUCUGACGGGACGCCCGCGUUUUGUUUGGCUGUAAUAAAAAAAUGGCAGUAUAAUGUUUUCAAAACCGGCCAAGUCGAUUCGCCGCAGAGAAUGACCAUCGAGAAUAUGAUUCAAAGGUUCUCAUCGGGAACGAUUCCGAAAUUUGGGAAAACGAGUUUUAAAGAGAAACGGAGAAUGAUGGAUAUUAAAGCAGAGAAAGUGCCUCCAAGACGGUAUUCUGUGGCCGAACUUGAUCGUCUUUUAGCGAGUGCGUUUUCUGAAAAAGCUCAUGUUCGAUUAAAUAGAUCCCCAAGGAUUGUUAAUUGA